CGUGCUUUAAUUUAAGUUCACCAGGUGCAGCCCCAAUAUUUUAGACACACAUAUUUUAUGUACAUGCAUUAAAGAAUCUUGAAAUAAAAGAAUCCCCCCCCUUCUUAUUUCCAGUUGUUUUCUUCAUAAGAAAUUGAAGCUUCAUUUUUUUUUUUAAAGAUUCUUGAUCGUUAAACAUUGGGGUCAUUGAAAGUGCAUGGAAGGCCAUGAAUGUCCAGGUACUCAUUACACUCGAUCCAAAAUAAAAGCUAGGACAGUCACAAAUGUAUAUAUUAAAAAAACAAAACAAAACAAAAACCAAAAAAAAAAAAACGCGCGCGCACGCGCGCGUAUGUGUGUGAAAUAAAGUUACUAAAUUUGCGACAGAUUUAUUGUGUAAUUGCAAGACAACGGUUGUUAACAAUGGCGGAUCAAGAGAGGGUCACAGGAGUUGCCUCCACCCCCUUUGGUUAAAUAUUUUACACAAAAAUUUUCAUUAUUUAAAAAUCAAUCCCUCUUCUGAGCGGAAUGAUACAAACAUGCGUCGCAACCCCCUUUGAAAAUUUAGGUUGGGUACCCCCCUCCCCCAUGACACCGAUAAAGGAAUUUUAUUUACCCGCAGGUAUUCGAAGUUAAUGUAAAUAUAGAACCUGCUCUAAAUUUUAAAAAAAAUCGUGGAAACGAAUUUUAUUUUGAGGGAACGAAAUUUAUUUCGUGGGAACGAAUUUUAUUUCGAGGGAACGGAUUUUAUUUCGAAUAAACGAAUUCUAUGUCUUAGGAACGAUGUUUAAAAAAAAAAAAUGUUUUUUGUUUAGAAUAGAAAAUCUCGUCCACCUGUCCUAAACCACACACCGUGGUAUUCGGCAUAUAUCCAAUAUUGCUCUAUUAAAAUGGAGUCUGCAAUGCAUGCUUGACAGCUUGGUGACUGUGAUUGAUAAAAUACUAUUGGAUGACUAAAAAAGAAGCAGUAAACUGGAAAAUUAUCUGUUUUGAAUGCUUCAUGAAAUAUUUAUAUGAUCCGUUGAAUUUCAAUACCAGCGUUAAUGCGGAUAAUUUCGGAAUGACUAUAUUUCUUAUCAUUCUUUAUGUUUUUGUCAUUGACCCUGAUUUAUAUAUAAAAAGACUUUUGGAUAAACAUAUUUACUGUCUCUAUAGCAUUGUCGAGCAUAUGGGAAUAUAGGAGAGAGAGAUAGAGAGAGAGAGAGAGAGAGAGAGAGAGAGAGAGAGAGAGAGAGAGAGAGAGAGAGAGAGAGAGAGAUUUCUUUUCCAACGAGUGAAAGUACAAGAUGUAAUUUGCUUCAGGGUUUCCUCAGACAAUCAAUAAAUAAUUACAAGAUUCCGUUUUCUCAUUUAAAACUCAUUAGUUCUUAAUUUAUUUUUCAAUGAACCUUACUACGAAGUGUGAUGGAAUUUGCCUCAAGCAGACUUCCAGGAUACGAGAACGUCUGUCUGCUAGCGGUAACAUACACCAUAUGUAAUAAUCUAUCAGAUUACGCAGGACAUCUUAGAUGUGUUGUAAACAAAUCGUCCAACCAAUUGUAUGUUGUCUAGUUCUCUUCUUAAUUCACCACCGCAUACGUUCGUGGUUACGAGAGUUUCAUCGUAAAGACACGCGUAGUACUGUAUCAAUAAUCUAUACGCACAGAUUUAUAUAAAUUUAUUUAUUUUUAUCUUAUUUUCAAAGGUGAUCACCAUCUUUUGAUGAUCGCAUGUUAUCGACUUCCUUCGAUAGCGUGCAUCAGAACACCUUUUGCAUUAUUAGACUUCAUAAAUGAUAUUUAGACAAGUCUCAUGUAAAAAUAUACCAUGUAUACAGGUACUACACUAAUUGUUUAAAAAGUGAUUAGGCAAUACUCGGCAUGCUUUUAGAACUAAAAGCUAAUAUAUAUAGUGUUCGUUAAUUUACUUUUGCAUGAUUGUUAAGGGUCUUAAUUUGGAAAAUAUCUUGUUCGUCCACAUCCACGAUUUUCACAUCAACCAAUGGCUUCAAUUAUAACCCCCUCCCAAUCCACACACACUUUGAAAUGCAUUAUCCUAGAUCCGCCCUGAAAUUUUUUUUUAGUGCCACGCUAACAGUCAUUCGCUGCCGUGAAGAGAAACACCUUUUUAUCGAUUGUUGAGUAUUCUUGUAUACUGCUGUUCGUCUGAAAACAGUUAAUGAGAAACAAUACUCGUGGCAUCGCACAACAAAAGAAAUAUACCUGAUUAAAUAUAGCAGGUGGAUAAUGUGAAAGUAGAAUAUGUUUGCUUCCUUGUUUACGAAUACUUUACCGCUAGAGGGCAGUGCAUAAAUUAUUACCCAUAAUUCCUCCUGUGUAUUGCAGAAGUUGUGUGUUUGGUAGCAGGUCGGUGUACAUAAAGAAAAUCUCGAUGUAAUUUGAAAUGGCUAUGCACCGUUCCCCCCUUUCCGCGAGAAGGGGGUCGAAAAAUGAUUCGCAAAAAGAUGACGACGAUUCGGAAAAUAAUGGCUACGUCCAGGUGCUCGUGAAGCCUUUAGAGCAGGGAAACUUGUCGUUGAUACUGAACUGGUUAGGAGGAACGGCCAGUCAGAUCUCAAAUCAGCAUCUAGGUGCAGUAUACGGAUUAAUUCUAGCGGUGUCUCUCGUGGCAUUAUAUCAGUUACUUAGAUGUGACAUAGGAUCAGUAUUUCACCGACUAUGUGGGUUUCUUGUGCCAAUGUUUACAAUUGUCCAGAGCUUUUUCUGGCUCUCGGUAGGCCUACGGAAAACAUGGAGUUGCACCAGCGUGUAUCUCCUCUUUGCAUCCUGUUUUGUGGGGGAGUCCAUAGCGCAAAUUUUCAUUCAGUCCUGGAGUGAGGGAGAAAGUCCCUCCUUAAGAGCUGGGGGUGAGGGGGUGGGUACUUACAGUCAAAUCACCCAGCCUCUAGUAGUCUUUGUAGUUCUCUUUGCUGUUUGUUCGGCAAGCGUGUUCUCAACAUUGGAAACUCAGCACAGUGUGGUGGUAAUUUUUUUGGUCAGCUUCACCCGAUUUUUAGCCUGUUCCACAUUGGGGGACAUUCCUCAAAGUCUCAGGCCAUACCUUUCAUAUGUUUGUGGGCUCACAGGAAUAUUCAUAUCAAAAUAUAUGGAAACAGUUUUUAAACAUCCAAUAAAUAAUUUUAUGACCCAAGAUGGAAAAAUUCCAGCAUACAAGAGGCGCUCUAGCUCCAGUUCCCAGGGAGGAUUUCCAGGAAGGUCAACGGCCAAUCACACGCGGGAUAGGAGGGUCUCCCUGCCUGCUCUGGGAAAAUCACAGAUUGACUUUUUACGCUAUCCAAACAAGAGUUCGUCCAGUUUUGAGUCAGCAAUUCUUGGCGAGGCUCAUGGACUGAUCACAGACAUGUUGGCAGACCAGUCUCUGCCGCCGAACAUUGUCAGCGGGCUCCGUACUCUCAGCAAUCUCCUAAAACCACCGGAGAGCCACUCCUCUUUUCACAAAACCAGAGUGAGUCCACUUGUCUCGCUGACCGAGUCCACAAGUUAUGGAUCGGACACGGAGGAAAAUCCAUACACUGGGGAACGACCUUCAUCCAAGAAGUCGCGGCGUAGCCUGCCACCCAGUCUGAUUCGCAGAAUGUCCACCAGCACGUGGACCACCACCACCACUGCCACAGGCAUGCCCACAUUAGAACUGGAGCCUUGUAGGAUCCGCAGUUCCAGCUUCCGCCACAACCGCGAUGGAACGCCAGGGUCCAGUCCCGUGGGGAGUCGCAGUAACUCCCCGUCUCCCAGCUCUCCGACUGUGGUACUCUCAAUUCCCAAAUCACGGUCCUUCUCCUUGGUCACACCAACUCCAAUUGGAGGAUCGCAUCCCAAGCGGCCAUCACGGAAGAGUGUCACUUCCAACUUGGGGACUGAAGUAAGUGGCAUCUCCAAAUCAUCCGAUUUCAUUCAACUCAGUCCAUUGGUUAAAGAUGAACUGGAUUAUGCUCAGGAAAAGGGGGACAAAAGGUCCACUAAUUCGGCAUCAUUUCACCGAAUUAAUAUGACUUCAGAUUACGAGAGUAAUGACUCCCCUAAUUCUAGUGACCAUAGUGAUAAUGUGACUGCCUACGAUGAAGUGGCGGGGUCACCCCCUAAGAAGGUUAUUUAUAGCCAUGGGACUGCAUCUAGUUCACAAAAGUCAUGGGUGAUACAUGAUCGCCGUCUGAAGGAAAACAUAGACAUGGCCGAGGACGCAGACGAAGAAGAUGAGAGCGAACUGGUGACAGAGGAAGUGAUAGUCAAACCGUCUGUGACUUCCCCGACAGUCAACAGUGUGAAAAUUCCAUGGGAAAUCGAAAACAUUGACGAUUGUGAACUUUUACAUAUACACAGACUAAACGAGUGGGACUACCCCAUUUUUGAAUUAGCAAAUCAAUGUAGUGAUACUAUUCUUAGUAAGGUUGGAUAUAAGUUAUUUUUGGAGGUGGGGUUAUUUGAGACAUUCCGGAUUCCAGUCACGCCCUUUUUACAAUACUUCCAUGCAUUAGAACAAGGAUAUCGAGAUAAACCAUAUCAUAACCGAAUACAUGCCACAGAUGUGUUACAUGGGGUGUACUACCUCACGACCCAGCCCAUCCCAGGGUUCACCCAAGUCAACACCAGCAACAUGUUCUCCAGAAAUGGUUCAUCCAGUGAUUCAGGUACUUACUCAGAUGUAGACAAUGCUGAGAGGUGUCUGACAAACAGAGCCAACAGCUUUGUCUCAGAGGACUAUGGCAUCAUGGGAGGAAACUUUCCUGCAUUGGAGCUGAUGGCGCUUUAUACAGCAGCAGCCAUGCAUGACUUUGAUCAUCCAGGUCGUACCAAUGCUUUCCUGGUGGCCACGAAUGCUAAAGAGGCGGUGCUGUACAAUGAUCGGUCAGUAUUAGAGAACCAUCAUGCUGCACAGGCGUGGUCCCUCUUCAUGAAGGAGCCAGUCCUCUACAACUUUCUGUGUGGACUUGAGGCAGCAGAGUUCAAGAGAUUCCGAUUUCUAGUGAUAGAGAAUAUCCUGGCCACUGAUCUCAAAAGACAUUUUGAAAUUCUAGCUGAAUUUAAUGCCAAGGUGAAUGAUGAGGAUGCUGUGGGAUUAGAUUGGACAUCUGAGACUGACCGUCUACUAAUGAUGCAAAUGGUCAUCAAACUUGCUGACAUCAAUGGACCUGCCAAAAGACAUGAACUUCAUGUGCAUUGGACAGAGAGAAUCUCAGAGGAAUUCUAUGAACAGGGCGAUGAGGAGGCGCGGCUAGGUAUGCCUAUUUCUCCAUAUAUGGACCGACGAAUACCACAACUGUCUAAGCUCCAAGAGACCUUCAUCAAUCACCUCGUGGGACCCCUCUGUAAUGCCCUGGUCACGGCAGGAUUCCUGCCAGGCACAUGGGCUGACCAGGACCUCAGCGAGGAUGAGGAGGAAGAGGAAGAAGAAGAAGGUCACUCUGAUACUGACCUCAUUGACAGCACAGGUAAAGAUUCGGAGGAUGAAACGGAAACAGAUGGAGAGUCUGGGCCAAUCUGUCAUGAAAAGUGUAAAAAGAAACCGCGCAAAAUCAAUUGUCUGCUGACAAAAAACCUAAAAGAGAACCACGAGUACUGGGUAGCCAAAAUCCAGGAGGAGGAGAAACAGAAAGCCAACAAUGAGGCAACCAAUGAAAUCUCACAAGAAACACCAGAAGUAACAGAGAUGGAGUCAAUCAAGGAGGAGGUGGAAUCCCAGGCCUCUAACAAUAGUUCCCAACCCAGCACCCCAACUAAAGACUGUAGCCACUCAGACACCACAUAGCCGCCCCACCCAUUACGAAAUCUACAGGCUUGUUCAAAAGUGGUUCAGAUCUCAUGCCAUCAUAGAGAUAUAGAAAACUCUUGCCAUAGAAUGAUAUCAGGAGCAUAGAUCUGAAUUGGUCACUGUGUGAUAUGUGAGUUGUAUGCCCACAUCAGUCCUGUUUGUUGUUUAAUGUGCUGGUCAUAUGAACUACAGCAUCUCACAAUAGUGGUAAAAGUGGAGAAAUGCAUGGAUAGAAUGUGGAGCUCGCACAGAGACAAUGAAGAGACUGUAGCUGUAGUGGAUUCAGCUACAGCAGCCAUUAGUGUCCAGCAGGAACUCACAGUCAACUUCAUAUCUAUAUUUUCACGGGGAUUUCCAUUUUUGUACUUAGUAUAAUGGUCGUGCUGUAUUCACUGUUGAAGUCCAUCACUGAUGCUGAUUUUAUUUAUUGUUUUACGACAACUGAUAUUUACAAUAGAACUGGUUUUUGUUUUCUUAGAGAGUAAAGGAUUUCUGUUAGUAGUCCUUCUACUCAGUGCCGAGUGUGUAUUCAAUCUUGUAGCAAUUUAUUCCCAUUUUCUAGUGCUGUUAUUUAGCAUACUAGUCAAAAUCCUGAGUUCUGUGUACUUAUUCAAAACUGUGCACUUUUAUCUGUGUGUGUUGGACAUACAGACUAGCAUUAACUUACCAGCUUAUGUCAGGAAUGAAAUAUUUUACUUUUAUUAGGUGAAGAUUACUGAGCAGAGUUGGAAAUGGAAGUAAGAAUGCGAGAUUCUUUUAUCAUAUGCAUCAUUAGACCCUUUAAAUUUGAAUGAAUAGAUCUAAUAACGAAAUGACAUGGAGAUAGACAGUGCUAGAUGUGAUAGAGUUACUAUGUGUGUACUUAUUGCAGUGUAUUUAAAAUUUGGCACGAUUGGAGCUGAUACACUAUGUGAUGAAAUCAUGAUUUAACACCUCUUCUAAGUAGGAUAAUGGAUAAAAUGAAGAUUUCUAUUUUGUGUAUUUUAGCACAACCGUAAAUUAGCACUCUUGCUUCACUUUGAAAGGCACUGGAAUAUAAAUCCCGAUAAAAGAAGUGCACUACUUCCCUUUAUGAUAGAUGAUGGAGAUAUGUUGAGAUAUUAAUGACUUGAUAUUCUGGAGAUUGGGUCUUAGGUAUUGAGAGUAGAUCUGUUAAGAUGUGAACUAGACAGUGUUGGAUCUGUAGUAGAGUAUUUCAUAUUAGUUGUCUGUACAUUCCUUGCUCUCUGUACAACACUGAACUGGUAUCACCAGGUCAUAGUCUGUUGUUUUGAUUUUUUUUUUCACAUUUCAAUUACACUGUAUACUCUUUUAUUGAUGAAUAAUUGCAGAGAGCUAAUCCAGUCAAGAUUAUCAGUUGUUUAUACACAACAAUAGACAAGUUACACAAUGCACAUGUAGACCUCAAAACUCAAAAGCCCUGCAGAAAUUGCAAUACAUUUCAGCCUUUGAAUGCUGGAAUUUAAGUCCUACACAAAGUUUAUUGACAUGAUUUCUUGUUGUAUGACAGAUGCUUGUUUCUAUAGCAAUAACCCAUUUUCUGCGUGUGAUGUAGAAUUGUCAUGGUUACAGUAUGUGGUGAGUUCUCUGCCAGACAUAACUGUAUUUAUGUAUAAGCUGUGAUACACAAAGUCGUAGAGUCAACUGUCAAAUUACAGUCUCUAUUUUUCCUUCAUUUGUCAUCCAUCCUCAUUGUAAACCUCUGAUAUUAUAUCAUACAAUGCAAAUAUAAUCUUAAGGUGUAGAAUAAUAGAUGUUGGCUCGUUUCAGUUGUGUGGUUGUAAUUGUUUCUAAAUGUACAUAUAAUUUUGUUCUGAUCCUGUCCAUGCCUCAGAAAUAUAUAUAGUAAUUCUCAUUCAUUCCUAUUCUAAGCUUCAAAUUACUUCAUGCUAAAUGUUUUCAAAAAAUUGUGAGUGCUUUGCAAUAGGUACUUUGAAACAGCAUAUUUUUUUUUAAAUACUACAUAUGUCUGCCUUCAGAAUUUAGUAGACUUUGUGGUUUGCUUUAAGUUAUAUCCAACUCUUUUUCAUGUUCACGUAUUAUGGCGCAAUUUUUACUGGUAGAGCUAUUUUAUCUGAAGUAGAAAAUGCAUUUAUUUAUUUAUAUUUUUUUUUUUUACGAUUUUCUUGGGCGCUUAUUGUUUUAGACAGCUAUUUAUCUUUUUAUUUUUUAAAUGAAAGAAUACUCAUAGAAUAUAAUAUAGACUUACUUGAUCUGAGGUUUUUAAAAAUCCAAGUGUCUGUGUCCUUGACCUAGUUCCAAGGUCAAUCAGUGUAUUUUUUAAAUCCAUUUGUGUAGAAGUUGUACAUAGAGACUUUCCUGUAUGAUAUGUACAUGAUAACCUAAUUUAAUGAUAGAUAGACCUGUAUAGUUUCUGUUUGUGUAUAUAUGUAUGUGAUAUAUAUAUAAAAUCCAUUGUUAUUUUGGAAAUUUAUAGGGAGAUAGUGGGCUGUCAAUUGCUUAUCUAUUUAAUAUAUAAAGAAACUUCUUAGACUCAAAUUACUUUGCCAUUGAAGAUGGACAGAAGCAGAAAUUCUUCUGUGGGUUAAAUACAUCUGAAACUGCUGCCUCUAUACAUUUAUAUACCAAAUAUGAUUUUCUAUUUGAAAAAAAUAUUUUGAUGUUUAAUGAGUAAAGUUGCCAUUUUUGCGUCCCGUGCUACAUUUGCCUCAGUCAGCCCACUACAAGUUAAUUCUCCUAUGACUUUUUUGUUGCUCAGGUUCCAUUUUUUUAAUUUAUAACCUUUGACCUCCUUAUUGUUGACAUUGUUUCUAUAUCUUCGUGCUGUUUAUUCUGCCACCAGGGGGCUCUCACUCCUGUCCCAAGCCAAUUGACUUUCUCUCUAAAUUAUAAGCUGCUGUACAACCAACAAAUUGCUCACAUCAUGUGUGUGCGUGAUUUGCUGAUCUAUGUACUAGAUGACCUGGUCACCAUGGAGAUGACCCUGCAUGGUGACUGGAGGUCACAGGAUAUGUUUAGCUAAAUAUAUUUUGUGACAAAUUGUUACAGGAUUUUUCCUGAAUGAUAGCUGAUGAAAAAUAAUAAAUGGUCAUAACUGCUA